AUGACGGUGGUGAACGUGGCGGAGGAGCUCGUCGUGAGCGGCGUGCUGCACGCCGCCGAGCAGCUGCAGGGCGCCGUCCUGGCCGCUGAGAGCGGCUGUGUGGAGAGCUUGCGGUGGGCGGGCGCGCUGCCGCUGCUGCUGCGCGACCUGGGUGUGCGCAACGUGCUGGCGGCCGAGCAAUUGCUGGGCUGCGCGUCGGCGUCGGAGCUGCGCGCGCUGCUGCUGCUGGACGAGGGCGAGAGUGUUGGUCACCUGGUGCUGCUGCUGGGCGGCUUCCUGUGGAGCUACGAGGCGGCGCUCAAGCGGCUGCUGGCGCUGGGCGUCGCAGGGCGCGUCACGGUCUGCAGCAGCCUCUCGGAGCGCGCGCACGAGUGCUACGACUUCGGGCCGGGCGCUGCAGGCGCGCGCGCACUUAAGGCCAUGAAGUUCGAGGAGUUUGCCGCGGAAUUGGGCAAGAACGCGGCGUUCCCGACCCAAAACGCACCGGAAUUGGACCUAGCAGAGGAAGAUUGGGACUGGGAGGACGCGGAGAGCGACAAGAAGAAGCAGGUAGAGCAGGUAGAACCGCACAACGGCGUGCAGGUGGUGCAUCUACCGCUGAACGUGGUGCCGCUGCUGUCCAACAAGGUGCCGACGCCAGAGCCCUCGGUCUUCGUGCUGUCACAUCCGACGUGUGCGGCGGCGUUCCCGUUGCUGCUGCACCAGGUGGAGGACGUCAAGGCCACCGUGUCCUCCCCGGCCUCCCCCACCAGUAGAGGGGCCACGACGAUGGAGGGCGCGAAGAAGUACACGCACGUGAAGGACGUUCUACCGGAGCACAUCCCCAGCGCCUUCCGACGCUCCAUGAGGCUGCUGGCCUACACACUGGCGGAGAUGCUGGUGGGUGCAAACCUGGACGCCAACGACAGGAUCUUCGCGGUGGGCGCCACGUCGCUCAAGAUCGGGCAUACGCUGCUGCGGAUUUUGAACGAGAUGCAGGAGGACGCGAGCGCGCAGUCGCUGCAGGGCCGACAGGGCGCGUCACUGGUGAUAGUUGACCGGUACGGUGGGUGGACUCUGUGGUUGGAGGACGGUGGGUUUUGUACUUAUUCAUUUAAUUUGUUUUGGGGUGAUAGGACGAGUGAUUUGGCAUCUCCGUGUGCAUUUGGAAGCUCUCUGCUCGACCGCAUCCUCGCGCUGCUGCCUCAAACGCCGACGCAGACUGCAGCGGGGCAGAAUACCGCUGAAGACAGCGCUUCGAAGCGAGCGAACUUGAACGUGACUGAAAUUUUCCCGCUUCACGGAUGCGAGCCGACGCCGUUGUCGGUGUCAGCGCCGUUGACUGCGGUACUUGAUGAAUCUAGCUACCGACCGUCGGAAUUUGUUUCCCAGAUCCAGUGGAAAGGUGGCGCCAGUUUGUGCCAUCCGACCAUCCCUAGCGGCUCGAAUGUCUUCCGAUCUCUAGCUUUCAGACCGGCAAAACUAGCGCUACGUGAUUUGGAUAAGCGGCUUCAGGUUGUGGAGCAAUCCCUGCUUCAGCAGGGAAGAAUUCAGAAGACUGCUGUUACUCGCAGACCUGGAGAGAAAAUGCGCGGGCGUGAUGUGGUCCUACGCCGCAUCAGCAAGAUCUUAGAGGCUGGCGAACCAACUAAUCUCGAGCAUAGCUCACUGGUUGAGCUUGGAGUGAUCGUACUGGAAACACUGGAGCGAAUGGACCAGUCACAGAAGCUCUGGGACAAGUGUCGUGAGCGUGCAGUGCGCCAGCUUGAGCUUCGGAAGCAAGGUGGACGCGAGUGGAUCAUCCCUGAAGUUGCGGAUGUCAUGCAGCGCCAAGUGUCUGCGAUGCAGGCAGUGGACACAGUAUCUAUCGAGGAAUCUAUCCCUCUGCAAAAGCUGCUAAUUCUUCUGGUACAUGCGUUUGCGCUCUCAUCCGGUGUACCGCUUGAAGACUUCACCGUCCAGAUGGUUCAUAAAGCUCUUGUCGACAGCGUUCUGCAGAUGGCAAGAACGAACCCGGCAUCCGUACAAAGUGUGCUUCCUCAAUUGUUUACCCAGCUAUCGCCGUACAUCAGCCUGGAUGGAUCGCAUGCUGAGCGUGCUGCUUCAGAACAAGUUGCUACUGAAGGUGACGAUUGGGAUUGGAAUGACGGCAGCAAUUCGCCAAGCGGGUCGAAGGACGCUCUGAAUGGCGGAAACGGCGACUUCCAACUCCUCGCAGCAAAGCCAAUCGUCGAAACUUAUGUGGAAAGCUUGAUGGGACGUCUUAAGGAUUGCACGCAGCAGUUUGCCAACGUUACGGCUGAAGAAACCGUGCUAAAGUCCGAAGAUUCGCCGAGUUCAUUGAUUGCGCAGCUCUGUAGCUCAAUUGUGGAUCCUUCUGGAGCGCCUAUUCCCGGGAUUGAGCAUAUUGUCGACGCAUCCGAGCAGCUGACGCGCGCAGGCAUCGACCUUCUGAAGAGCGGCUUUAGCAAGUUUGGCUUUGGUGUCGGGAGCGGGAAUGGCAGCGGCCAGCGAGGAACCAACGCUAGCCGUUUGUUGGGCGACUCAAAUGUGCUUGUGGUGUUUGUGGUGGGAGGAAUCACUUUUGAAGAGGGACCUGGUACUGACUCGUGGACUGUGUUGCAGAUCCAAGAAGUCCAUGACGCUUUGAGCGACAACACCAAAUAUCAAAUUAUCCUGGGCGGAACCACAAUUACGAACAACGAGGUCAUUUUGGAGAAGCUCUUUAGUUGA